AUGGCUCUGGAGGUUAUCGACUAUCAGCGCUUGCUGGAUCGCGACGCCAAUGAGAUCAAGAGGCUGGUCAGCAUCUGUUCCAAUGCCGGGCUGUUCUUUCUGGACUUGAGAGGACAAGAGAGCAACUCCCUGCUGGCAGACUUGCAGCCCAUCAUUGCUGCUCAGCGCAACUUCUUUGGGCAGAAGCCCGAGAUGAAGAUGCCCUUUGCGAGUACACUUGACGGCCGAGGAUACGACAGUUUUGACGAAAUAUUCGUCCAGAGACUCAAGUUAUCGCGCGAGGAGCAGAUCCAGGGCUGUCUCGCCCUGCCCAAAGAUCUGCAAGCAGUCGAGGCAAAAGUCAGCAAUGUGUCCUCCAGAAUCGAUGCCAUUCUUCGUCAUCUCUCCAUGCUGCUAUGCCAAAAUCUGGACCCACCUAUCGCGACCAAAUAUCUGGACGAUCCUAACAGCACCGGCCUGAGCAACUUGUGUCUGGGUAUAUCGGCCGCAAAAGUUGGAACUCCGGUCAUGGAUGAGCAUUUGGACGAAGACCUCCUGACUCUUACCUUCUACGAUGAGCCCUUCCUGGAGGUGUUGGACAGACAGGCACAGAUGUGGAAAGCCAUUGAUGUGCUGGAACAUUUGCCGAUUGUAAAUGUCGGCGAUAGAUUCCAGGCGUUUUCGGAUGGGCGACUGCAUGCGCCUCUGCAUCGAGUUAAGCAGACACCGAAUGAGAUUAAUCUCAUUAUGUAUGAUUUGGAUGCAAGCAUACAGUAG